AUGUACUCACCGGAAAAGGCGGCGGAAGUCAAAAAGCGGAAUUAUCGCAGCAUCAGGGAGAUGAUCCGACUCUCCUACACAGUGGGCUUCAAUCUGAUGGAUCCCUCACGCUGCGGGCAGGUGCUCAGAAUCUGGACUAUUGUCCUCAGCCUGAGUAGCCUGGCUUCGCUCUACGGCCACUGGCAGAUGUUGGUCAGGUAUAUUCAGGACAUUCCCCGCAUUGUCGAGACAGUUAGCACCGCCUUUCAGUUCCUUUCUUCGAUAGCGAAGAUGUGGUAUUUUCUAUUUGCCCAUCGCCAGAUUUACGAUCUAUUGCGAAGGGCCCGUUGUCAUGAGUUGCUGCAAAAGUGCGAGCUUUUCGAGAGGAUGUCAGAUCUCGCUGUGGUUAAGAUACUUCGUCAGCAGGUGGAGUCCACGAUGGAUCGCUACUGGGCAAACACUCGGCGGCAACUUCUCGUCUACUUGUAUUGUUGCAUUUGCAUUACCUCAAACUACUUUAUCAGCUCCGUUGCCAGCAAUCUCUAUCGCUACUUUACACGUCCCCAAGGAUCCUACGAAAUUGUAUUACCUCUGCCAUCACUUUAUCCAGCCUGGGAAGACAAGGGGUUAGCAUUCCCCUACUACUUUAUACAAAUGUAUCUGGAAACCUGCUCUUUAUAUAUCUGCGGCAUGAGUGCCAUCAGCUUUGAUGGAGUUUUCAUUGUCUUAUGCCUUCAUAGCGUGGGGCUAAUGAAAUCACUCAAUCAAAUGAUUGAAAUGAGCACAUCCGAGCUGGUUCCUCCAGAACGCAGGGUGGAAUAUCUGAGAUGCUGUAUCUUUCAGUACCAACGGGUGGCAAACUUCGCAGGUGAGAUCAACGACUGUUUCCGGCACAUAACCUUCUCGCAGUUCCUGCUCAGCCUUUUCGGAUUUGGACUGGCUUUGUUCCAGAUGAGCGUGGGAUUUGGCAGCAACAGCAGCAUCACCAUGAUCCGGAUGACCAUGUACCUGAUUGCAGGCGGCUACCAGGUGGCCGUGUACUGCUACAAUGGCCAGCGAUUUACGACGGCCAGCGAGCAGAUUGGCAAGGCCUUCUACGAGGUGCGAUGGUACGGGGAGUCCCGGGAGUUCCGCCAGCUCAUCCGCAUGAUGCUGAUGCGCACGAACCGGGGCUUCAGGUUGGACGUGUCCUGGUUCAUGCAAAUGUCGCUGCCCACGCUGAUGGCGAUGGUCAAGACAAGUGGACAGUACUUCCUGCUGCUGCAGAAUGUCAACCAGAAAUAA